AGGCUCCGCCCAUCGGCGGAGCUUCCUCGCACGCAGCCAGCUGAGACUUCGUCGAUGCAGCCGGCGAGGCAAACGACUGCAGCCGUCGCGUCCCGCGGUUCGGUUCCGACCCUGAUGAAACAAGCGGCGCCCACCUCGACGCACGCACCAUGUGGAGGUCCGCGGGGCGGCGGCCUCAGCUCCUCCGCGUCGCCGUCCUCUGCCUGCUCGCGGCCCGCGCGCUCGCCGUCGCGGGCGCGCAGCGGGCGGCGGAGGAGGGAGCUCCGGCGAGCCGCGCCGUUUUCACGGACUACUUCAGGCAGCUGAGCCGAGAAAGGAGAGCCGUCGGGCGGCCGGCGCCGAGCGGCGCCCCGCCUAAGCCCGCGGAGCUCCUGACCGCCGACGACGUGUUCGUGUCCGUGAAGACCACCAGCAAAUACCACCGCGGCAGACUGGAGCUCCUUUUGGACACGUGGAUCGCCAACGAUUUGCAACACACAUACGUGUUCACCGAUGGCGAGGACUCAGCGCUCAGGAAGCGGAUCGGUGCUCACCUGAUCAACACCAACUGCUCGGCAGCUCACAGCCGUCAAGCGCUUUCCUGCAAAAUGGCCGCCGAGUACGACGCCUUCCUCGACGCCGACAGGAAGUGGUUUUGUCACGUGGACGACGACAACUACCUGAACAUGGGUGCCCUCUUGAGGCUGUUGUCUCAGUACAGCCACACCCAGGACGUCUACAUCGGGCGACCCAGUCUGGAGCACCCCCUCGAGGCCACCGAGACGUUAUCCGAUGCUAAAAUGAGGAAGGUAGUUUUCUGGUUUGCCACAGGGGGCGCUGGAUUCUGUCUGAGUCGAGGACUCGCCAUCAAGAUGGGACCUUGGGCUCGCGACGGCGCCUUCCUGUCGACAGCCGAACGUAUCCGUCUCCCAGACGACCGCGCUGUGGGUUACAUCGUCGGGGCUAUGUUGGGUGUGGGCCUUACCCGCUCGCCACUGUUCCACUCGCACCUGGAGAGCCUGGCACUGUUGACGCGGGUGCAUGAACAGGUGACUCUCAGCUACAGCAAAGAUGAGAGAAACACCAUAAAUAUCAAAGGACCGUUUUCAGUACAGCAAGAUCCAACAAGGUUCAAGUGUGUGCAUUGUGUGUUACAUCCACACACACCCUGGUGCCAGCGCUGAAUGCAGCCAGAAUUUUUUUUUAAGAAACAAAAAUCUCCCCUUUUGGGAAAUGAAAGUGCCAAAGGAUCUGGGAACAGACACGACGUACAUGAGCAACGUUUGCCAUCAGGCUUAAACAAACCAACUCUUGAUGAGAAGUCCAUUUUUGGGGGGGCGUCAUAACAACUUUUUAUGAGGUGGCAAUGUUUGAAGCUAUUAGCCACAUCAUACGGUAUGUCCAUUUAGCCACUGAAAUGUGUUCACUUGACAAUGAGUGUUUGGUUUGUGUCAAGUCAUUUUUAUGUUAAAAGUUUUUUUGGUUUUGUUUUUUUGGGUGGGAGGUCCAACUCACCAAGAAGUCAUGCAGCAUUGAGAAGUGUUUUUGGUUUUUCGAUGGAAGAUAAUUUUGCAUCUUUUGCUUUCACCUGCUUAAACCCAAAAAUGAUUGUUUUUGUGUUAUUUUUUUAGUCAAUCCAUCAACAAAAAUA